AUGUAUCAGGGCCUAUGCGAACGGGUGUUGGCUAUCGAUCUUGAAGCAUUUAGGCUCAAUGAGUUGCCAACACUGGUGGUUCGAGAUCUCACGCAAAGUGGAGAACACGCGAACCGAACAUAUGUCAAGGAAACUGAGCUCAAAUUUUAUGCGGGAGCUCCACUGCUUAGCCCCACAGGUGCCAUCGUGGGAUCUCUGUGCAUCCUCGAUGAUACGCCGCGUCCUGGCGGACUGUCCGAGCAGCAUCGUCAUAGUUUAUGGGAUGUUGCUCAAAGUGUUAUGGACUAUUUGCACACCUGCAAGGACCAACUCUCGCGUGGCGAACGCUUCACCCGUGGCCUAAUCUCUUUCUCGGAAGGCGCGGAAAAUUUAAAGCCAUUUAAAAACGCCAGAGAAGGCGAUUUAGAAAACCCAGAAAAGCAUGGAACUUUGUCGCGGGCAUUCAACACCCCUUUUGAUGAGAAAAGUAACCCAAUGGAAUUCAAGCAAAUCACUCCGCCUCCGGCGCCCAAAACGCCCCGUUCAAAGGAGUUUCAACAGCGAUCUAUCAAGAAACUUCAAGAAAGUGCCCUGCCUCUAGAUGCAGGUUCAAUGUUCUCUCGCGCAGCCAAUGUCAUGAUGGCGUCCAGCGACUUAGACGGUGUUGUUAUCCUAGAUGCUUCGAUCGCGGCGAACAAAAGUCGACAGAGGCGUUUACGUACACAAGUGGGUACUGGUACUGGAACUGGGACAGGGACCGAAGACACUGGAGAUUCGAACCAUACUGCAACUUCUUCAAGCGACGGGAGUGGCCGUAGUAGGACGGAGAAUGUUGAGGGCUCAUCGUCGAGAUAUGCUCAAGUGCUUGGGUCAGCCACAGAAAUUUCCAAUUCCGAAGAGGCAGCGUUUGGUUCACUCCUGGAGGCCGAUUUAUCUCGGAUGUUACAAGAUUUCCCCAACGUGGAUCUUCCUUACUUCAAGGUCUUCAGUCAUUCUGUCAUGAGGGAGUUGUCACGACUGGACGCGUUAGCGUUGAACCAAUCUAAGACGACCUUUGUGGCCUCUAUAAGCCAUGAGCUCAGAAGUCCGCUUCAUGGAAUUUUGGGGACUUUAGAGUUCAUCAAAGACACACCCCUGGACUCCUUCCAGGUUAGUAUGGUCAACUCUUUGAACGCGUGUGGCAAUACUCUUCUGGACACGAUUAAUCAUGUUAUGGACUAUGCGAAAAUUGGCGAAGCUAGCAAAAACGUUUCAUCAAGGCGAGUCAAGAGUACACACACAGUCAGGUUGUCCUCGAAGCCAAUCAAGAGUCGACGAUCCAGAGCCGAAGCAUUUGAUUUUGGUAUCGCGACAGAAGAAGUGAUAGAAGCGGUCUUCUCUGGGUCCACCUACGUUCCUGUUGCUAGAAGUCUCAUGGAUGCACCUUCGUCGCCGUCCGGUUCAGAUUCAGAACAGACGAUAAAUCGCAAGAUCUGCUAUGUUGUGCUAGAUGUAGCGCCAUCAGAGGACUGGACCUACUGUUUCCCGGUUGGUUCAUGGAGAAGGAUUGUCAUGAACAUCUUCGGCAACGCAAUAAAAUAUACGCAUUCAGGUCACAUUAUUGUUUCUUUACGGGCCAGCGACUGGUCAAAAGCCACAGGCGCCCCAACGACAAUCACACUCUGUGUCACGGACUCGGGCAUAGGCAUGAGUUCUAAAUUCUUGGCUGACAAGGCUUUCCAACCAUUCUCACAAGAAGACUCAUUCGCGUCUGGCACUGGGUUAGGACUGAGCAUCGUUCGUCAAAUCAUCGAAACUAAUGGCGGAAAGAUUGAGGUCAACAGUGAGCCGUCCAUUGGGACGAAGAUCACAGUGAAGCUGGCUGUUUCUAGACCGGAAACAUCUCCCGAAGCGGGCCUAAGGGAGACACCGUCUCAACGCAGUCGUUUUCUCUCCUACUUGUCGCGGCUCCGGGGUCGUAGCAUCUGCAUCCUCCAAAAACACUUAGAAUAUCCUGCUAAUGAUCCAGCCAUGUCAAAAAUUGUAGAAGGACUUGCCCGCUUCACCAACGUCCUUGCCAACACUUUAGAAAAGCAUCUCAAGAUGAAUGUUGUUCGGACCACCGAGUGGACGGGCCAUGGAUCUGACAUCGUCAUUGUCCCAGAGUUGUCUUUUGACUAUCUGACAUCAAUCCGACGCUCUAGGUCCAACGGCGAUAAAGCUCCUGUGACAAUAUUUGUCGCAAUGGAUGCUCUGGAAGCAGCUACCUUGCGUUCAGACUGGAGAGUCAGAAGCAAAGAGAGUGUGGUGGAGAUCAUGACACAACCUUGUGGGCCAUACAAAGCAGCCUAUAUCCUCAACCAAUGCCUCGACCGCCUUGAUCACCCAGAAGAAAAUCUACAGCACGAAAGCUCUGGCAGCGAGUUGACUCACGUCAGUUGGGCGGACAGCAGGGAGCUAAAAUCUCCUGGUCCGAAAUCGGAUCAAGCUCAGUCCCCUGAUCCACCUGCAACACGACUGAAGGACUAUGCCACAACAUUACAUGCUACUUCUUCCACCAACGACGACCACGAUACACCAAAUUUAGCUCCGGAAGCAUUGGAUGCCCCAAAAGUGUUAAUUGUCGACGACAAUGCUAUCAAUCGAAAUCUUCUUGCAGCCUUCAUGAAGCGACGCAACUAUUCAUACCAGGAAGCCGAAAAUGGCUUGGAUGCCUUGGAAGCAUACAAGAAUAUCGCAACCAAGUUUGAGACCAUCCUCAUGGACAUGUCAAUGCCGAUCAUGGAUGGGAUGACCAGCACGCAGGCUAUUCGUGAGUACGAAAAGGCAAAUAAUCUUCCCAAGUGCCGCAUUGUUGCACUUACAGGCCUCGCCUCAGCUAGUGCGAGACUGGAAGCACUGAGCUCAGGUGUCGAUCACUUCAUGACGAAACCGAUGAAUUUCCGGGCUCUGGAGACGCUGCUGAAAAGAGGGAGUGAAAGAACGCGAAAACACUCCGAAUCAAAAACAGCCUUAAGAUCAGCGAGAGAGGAAACCGCACAUGAUGCUGAGGACGCCAGACAGAUGAAGCAACACGAUCAUGAUGCCCUGCUAGAAGCCGCUACUUCUGAACACAGUACGGUCACUGAGCCUAACCCGCAAAGUAGUAUGGAGAAGAAGGAAUCAUGA